AUGGCGGGGCCGCGGGGCGCGCUUCUGGCCUGGUGUCGCCGCCAGUGCGAGGGCUACCGCGGCGUGGACAUCCGCGACCUGAGCAGUUCCUUCCGGGACGGCCUGGCUUUCUGCGCCAUCCUGCACCGGCACCGGCCCGACCUGCUCGACUUCCAGUCUCUCUCCAAGGAAAAUGUCUUUGAGAAUAACCGAUUGGCCUUUGAAGUGGCUGAAAAGGAACUGGGCAUCCCUGCUCUCCUGGACCCCAAUGACAUGGUCUCCAUGAGUGUCCCUGACUGUCUCAGCAUCAUGACCUAUGUGUCCCAGUACUAUAACCACUUCACCAGUUCUGGCCAAGCUGCUGCCUCACCACCCAAACCAGGAAAGGACCCAGCACCCCCCUCCCCCACAUCCACAUCACCUGCUGUGCAGCCAGGAGAGGAGGCUCAGGGUGAUGACCUCUCCCCAGACAGCCUAUCCGAGCAGGGCAAACAACAGCCCCCCAGCAGUGCAUGCGCAGCCUGUGGGCAGCGGGUGCACCUGGUUCAGCGGUACUUGGCGGAGGGCAGGCUCUACCACCGGCACUGCUUCCGAUGUCGGCAGUGUUCCAGCACGCUGGUCCCAGGCUCUUACAGUAGUGGGCCCGAGGAAGGCACCUUUGUGUGUGCAGAACGCUGCACCAGGCUGGGUCCUGGAGGCCGGUCAGGAACUAGGCCCCCUUCACAGCAAAAGCAGCAGCUGGCAGCAGAAGCCAAGGAUGGAGAGGACAGAGACCUGAGCCCGAGCGUGGCUGCGGUGGCUGAGGCAGACGGACUCCAGGCCAGCUCCGAGGUACAGCCCCACACCCUGACCAAGCCACCUCUUCCCAGCAAGCCCCAGGAGCUGGCCAGUCCCCCUAUUGGCAGGCCCACACCUGCCCCCAGGAAGGCUUCCGAGAGUUCAGCCUUAACACCCCCAACACCGAGGCCUCGGUCUAGCCUGCAGCAAGAUGGCAUGAUGGAGCAGAGUGUCAGCAGUGGCCUUGUGAACGGAAGACUACAGGAACCACCUGUUCCCAAGCCAAGAGGGACACCCAAGCUGUCAGAGAGGAUGCCAGCACAAAGGAAGGACCCCCCAUGGAUCACAUUGGUGCAGACAGAGCCAAAGAAGAAGCCUGCCCCACUGCCCCCCAGCAGCGGUCCUGGGCCACUGAGUCAGGCCAGCAGGCAGGUGGAGAACGGUGGCCUGAAGGAAAAGGCCCAGAAAAGCCCAGUAGCUGAGCCAGAGCCCAAGCCCUACAACCCCUUUGAGGAGGAAGAGGAAGAAGAGUCUGCCCCAGCAGUACCCAGCCCUGCUCCAGCCCCACCAGUUCCUAGCUCUGCCCCAACCCCAGCCGUACCCAGCCCUGCCCCAGGCCCACCAGAGGCCACCCCCAAGUCCCUGCACCCCUGGUAUGGCAUCACCCCCACCAGCAGCCCGAAGACAAAGAAGCGCCCUGCCCCGAGAGCACCCAGUGCCUCCCCACUUGCUCUCCACGCCUCUCGCCUGUCACACUCAGAGCCUCCUUCAGCUACGCCGUCACCAGCCCUUAGCGUGGAGAGUCUAUCAUCCGAGAGCUCCAGUCACACUGCCAAUGCAGAGCCUUUGGAGCCGCCUGCUGUACCCAAGAGCUCCUCGGAUCCUGCUGUGCAUGUGCCUGGUACCCCUGGCACAUCUGGGAACUCUGUCACCCCUUCAGCCAACUCUUCCCUGUCAUCUUCUGGGGAGCUAGGGCAGCCUAGUGGUGAACAAACGCCACAGGCCAGGACAAAGGGCAGCCCAGGUACCCAUUCUACCAAGCCCUUCAGUGGUGCCACCCCUACCCCAUUCUUGUUGGCUGGAGACCGGAACCCUGCACCUUCCGUGGGGAGCUCAUCCCCACAGCUGCAGAUCAAGUCUUCCUGCAAGGAGAAUCCUUUCAACCGGAAACCAUCUCCCUCUGCGUCUCCAACCGUAAGGAAGGCCACCAAAGGAGCCAGGCCUGUGAGGCCUCCUGCCCCCGGACACGGCUUUCCACUCAUCAAACGCAAGGUCCAGGCUGACCAGUAUAUUCCUGAGGAGGACAUCUACGGUGAGAUGGACACUAUUGAGCGCCAGCUGGAUGCCCUGGAACACAGUGGGGUUCUGUUGGAGGAGAAGCUGCGCAGUGGGGCACAUGAGGGCAGCGAGGACGACAUGCUGGUGGAUUGGUUCAAGCUCAUCCACGAGAAGCAUCUGCUGGUCCGCCGAGAGUCUGAGCUCAUUUAUGUCUUCAAGCAGCAGAACCUGGAGCAGCGGCAGGCUGAUGUGGAGUAUGAACUCCGAUGCCUUCUCAACAAGCCAGAGAAGGACUGGACAGACGAGGAUCGGGCCAGAGAGAAGGUGCUGAUGCAGGAACUCAUGACCCUGAUCGAGCAGCGAGAUGCUAUUGUCAACUGCCUGGAUGAGGACCGGCAGAGGGAAGAAGAGGAAGACAAGAUGUUGGAAACUAUGAUCAAAAAGAAAGAUUUCCAAAGAGAGGCUGAGUCUGACAGUAAGAAGAAGGGCAAGUUCAAGACCAUGAAGGUGCUGAAGCUUCUGGGGAACAAGCGAGAAGCCAAGAGCAAGGCCCCUGGGGACAAGAGCUGACAGCAAAGGAAGCCACCUUCCUUUCCUCUCCUGGAGCUUUGAGGCCAGAGCAGCACUCUGCUGCCUGUGGACCUGCCAAGGGGGAUUAUGACCUUGGGAGGGAGUCUCUGGGUGACCUUUGCCUUCCUCGGUGGUCUCCAGCUGGUCUGGGCUAAAGAUUUUUCCCUCUUCCCUGUGUCCCAGACAGCUGUGACUUAGCCCUGCCCACUUGGCGUCUGGCACCAGAUGCUGUGACAUGCCUGGGUGUAAGCAGGGAUACAGGCUCCAGGCAGAGGCAGUGGCUCUCACUGUUGCUCUCUCAGCCAGGCCAGAUGGAGUCUUCAUCAGCCCUGCUCACAGCAGGCCUGGCUAAGGGCUUGUGGACCUUGUAGCAGGCCAGCAGCAAGGUUGGCUGCCUAGAUUCUUCUCCCAGCCCUGACCCUUAGUCCCUACCUUCCUGUCUAGCACAGAUGCCCUUGAAAAUCAUGUCACCUCAUUCAGGAGCUGUAUUUAUGAAGUCUCAAGUCCAGCUUCUCCGUGAGUGCUCUGUGUUGUGUCAGAAGGGAAUGGGCUGCUGACGAGUUCUGUUUCUUCUCCCUCAUCUCCCUCGCUCUGUGGGAAUCCUUGUGUACCACACAGGGACCUGCUACCUGUGUUGGGGCAGUCACUCAGGUCAGCCUAGGAAGGUGUGCUUUGAGUAGGAGUCCUCUAAUUCAGGCUUUCUGCCCACCCUAUGCCCAGGGGAUGGGCCCAUUCCUUUUUGUGGUUGGUGCAACCUGUCUUUUCUGUUGUCUGUUCCCUUCAAGGUCUGAUGGCCACUCACCACUGAGUGGCUCUAGGAGAAGUGGUGGGAUACCUCUUUUCAUUGGGGACUGUGCCAGGCAGCUUAUGGUCCAAGCACUGUUCUUACACUCGGGGACUUCAGAGUUCCUCGCUCUGUGCAUCCUGGGAAGGAACUCAACUGUAUCUCAGUAGCCUGCGCCAUGCAGCCUUGGGCACAGCCACAUCUGUGCCCUCUGGCCUGUCUAGGCUGUCCACUCAGUUGAGAACCUGACCCAUGUAGCCUUUGGUAGUCUCUCCAGAUACACUUGCUGUCUUGGAGCCAGGGCCACCACCUCAGAGAGCUUUCCGAGGAGCCCUAUGACCCAGUUGCUGUAACCCAAGAGAGGGCGCUACCAGGCUGUCUGGGUGUCAAGGAAAAUUCAUGUGUCAGUGGGACAGAAUAGCGUCUCUCAUAGUCACCUGUGUCCUUUGAACAUGGGCCCAGGCUUGUCAGAUCUUGCCCAUUUUUCAGAAGAAAUCCAGACUCCAGUUCUCGUACAGAUAUAAGUUGUAUAUGCUGACAUCAAAGUUGAGUUUGUCACAGUAGGCUAUACUUGUCCUGGGUUUUCCAUUGUGCUAGGCCUGCAAAUUAGAGGGCUUGCCCUACUGAUUGAAUCUUUAUCUGCUGGCUGCUGCAUAGUAGACAUGUUUAUUCUAUGACAAGAACACAGGUCAUAUGUUCUAUUGGAAUUAUGGGGAACUUCAUCCUCAUUUAUGGGGACAGGAAAUACUGGUGAAAGUCCGGCUGUUCAGUGUUACCAGCCUAAAGAAAGGACACUGAUGUGCAGUGUACCAGCUGGGGAGCACGUGGUGCACCAGGUGGGGAGUGGGUAUACCAGCUGGGGAGCAGCUGUGGGGAUCAGGUGUCCAGCAGGGCUGCUUUCCUUGUCAGGUGCUGCUUGACCUUCAGGCUGAGGUCUCAGGGGCACUUAAGAGCAACGGUGGCAUCUGCCAGGGCCCUUUCCAUACAGGUCCUCCAUUUACAUUUGUUCCCAUAGUCUCUGACCUUAGCCCUGCUGGGGACUCUGCAGUAACCACCUGGAUGGAGUGUCUUGGUGAACUUGAGAUUCCACACCACAGUCCUGAAGGUUAGCACUGGCUGCAGGCUGCUCUUGAACCUUGUUUCCCCUUUCUUCUGGAAAUUUGCAAACAACAGUUAGAUCCCAUCUGUGCUGGACAGGUUCUGAUUCUGAACAAAUAAGCAUUAUCCCUGGGGAAACAAGGUGGCACUUGUCACAGGCAAGUGAAAUGUAUUUUAUUGGCCAGUUAAUCAUUGUGGUUAAAUAUCUGCCCAAGGCUACAAGAAGCCAAAGACUUAGAUCCUAAGAGGAAGUUCUAAGGAAGGGAAGAAUCAUGUUCACUUUUAGGUUUAGAAAGGCAAAACAGAGAGCACCUGAGGCCAGUUGUGACAUCAGGAGAGCCAGAGAGAGGGUACCCUUAGGCACAUGUCCAAGGUGGUGAGCCUGGGCAUCACCAUGGUGUGCCUGGGGCUUCCCCUAGAGAAGGCUUCAACACAGUAGCUGUGACAAUACUCGGAAGUCCCACUGAGGCCUCUACAUCCCAAGGCAGCGUCUAGGACACUGUCUCAUGCCCCAGGACAGUGCCAUGUCAUGAUGUGGCAUGGCCCCUGUGGGUGGGCAAGCCUGGGGGUGACACUGCUUGGCCGAGUGAAGGGCUCUGGUUCUGGCUGUUGUGCUGGGUUGGCAGUCUGACUGGGCAAGCCCGCCCUUGUCCUGGGUUAAGUGGUGGCGAGGGCCUUCCUAAGCUCCUUGCUCCUCCUGCGGUCAAUGUCCUCCAUCUCCCGCAGUUUCUGCAAAGAGCCAUCAGGAAGAGCUGCUGUCAUGCCAGAACUCCUGAGAUACUAACUCUCCUAGUGCUGGCUGGGGCUCCUUCCAUUUGACUGUACCCUUCCCUUGGUGGGCUCUCCUACCUGGGAGAUUUCAGCCAGGAUGAUUCCUCGGUAUUGCUUGCCCUGUCCCAGAGCCUCCAUGGCAGCCAAGAAUUCUUUCCUGUCCUGGAUUUCCUUCACCACUGCACAGAGGGGAGGGGCCAUCAAUGCACUGGGCAGGAGGAGUGCACCGGGUCCCAGGCAUGGUCUCUGAGGGACACUGGCUGUCUAUCAAGCCAUUGUUGCUCUCUUGUUAGCCCUGUCAGUUCUACACACAAGCGCGUGCGCAUGCGUGCGUGCAUACACACACAUGCGGGCGCGCACACACACGCGCGCACACACACACACACACACACAGUGGCUCACGCUCGUCAAAGCGGUCCAGCUCAGGAGCUGGGUCUUCUUGCCGCACAUGGGGAGCCUUUUUCCGUUCCGCCAUGUCCUUCCCAUUGGCAAAGAUAUUUUGGAGUCUUCGUUUCUCUUUCUCCAGAUCUCCUGUGGGGCCCAGAAACAGUCUUGCUAGGGUGCAGAGCAAGGCCUGUUCCCGUGUCCCCACCGGCUGUGAGCACUGCGGGUGUCAGGCUUGUGAGGAGUGGGCCUCUGCAGAUCCUACGCUUCCCUGGCUGUUCCUGAGCAGAACAUGUCAGGCUAGCGCUGGAAACAACCAAGAACAAGCACCAGUGCAGAGCUAAUGGGUAACCCAGAAACACAGGGCUCCGAAGUGGCCUGUGUGUAGGGAACUGUGGGGGUGUUAGUGGGUCUGGGCCAAAGGCGGUGUUAGAGGAGGAGGGGCUCCCAGAUGUGGGCUCAAAUGCAGGGGAGAUGGACUUGAAGGAGCAAGAGGGCAUGCAGCUGACAGCCACAUGUCCCUCUGGGACUGGGAAAACUGGAUUAAUCGGAAAAAAGUUCUAGGAAGAUAAAGAGGGCCACCUGACUGGUUUCCUGCCUGGGUUUGUUAUCAGCUUACUUGAAUGAUGCUGUCUGUCCCGGGCUCAUGUGACCCCAGAAGAGAGCCCUGAGCCCACCACUUACUGGUGGCCUGAGGCUUGAAUUGCUCGCGAUUGUAUGCCCCAUUGGCUUGACACAAGCUGGCGGGCCGGAGGUGAGAGUGGGUGGCCAGGAUGGGAGGCAGGUAGACAGCUGCAGCUGACUUCUUGGAGGGAGAGCCCCUCUGGCUGGAUGUUGGGUGGCACUGCAGGGGCAGAGGGGCUCCUCCUAGGAAUACAAGGAGCAAGUGGGGGCACCUGUUUUGCUGGCUCUUCAAAGAAAAUAAGGUAGCUGCCAGAAGUCAGCCCCAAGUCACUGGGAGCCCGCUCCCCCACAAACUGUAGUAAGAAUUAGGAGGCUGCUCCUUGUUCUUGAAGCUUCUAAGACAUAUCCAAGGAUGUUUGGUUUGUACACAUAGGGUUCUUACACUGGAUCAUACCAUAUGGUCAGUAACAGCCUUUCCACUUACCAACUUAUCAUGGCCAAGUUCCUAUAAGCACAUUCAUACCUAACUUAUUUUUUUUUAUAGCUGUGUACUAGUUGUUAGAAUGGUUACAUUAUUUAUUCAGCUAGUCUACUUCUGGACAUUCUGGUUGUCUCUGGUAUUUUUUUUCUUUUUCGUUGGCUGGAUUUUUACUACUUUCCAACAAUGCUGCAAUAAACAUUCUUAUACACUGAAGCUUCA